GAUGCCCCAGGUCCACUACUCCCCAGAAAGAGUCAGUAAUCUCCCCCCAUUCAUCUCUGAUCCCUAAAUCACACCGCUAAAUCAUAAAUCAUAUGGUGGAGAUUCCACUGUGGCACAUAGACGCCACUACUGAAGAGCAUUGACUCCUGUCUGGUACCAAGUUAUCAUGAACCUAACCUAUCAUUAAUCUAAAACACAAAGAAAGACUUUCAACCCUCCAGAAGCACUAGACAAUUCCUAAAUCACCAGAAUCUAUUUCUGUUAUUCUGAUAACAUGGACAGUCAAGUCUGCUGUGACGGUAGAUUACUAGAGCUGAUCGACGAGGCCUGGAGGAAAGAACGUCUCCCAAUCGACGACAUUGUCGUUCCAUCAUCAGAAUUACCAGAUCCAGAGAGUGACAAUGGCGAUUCCCACAUGACCCUCAAAGAAUUGGAACAGAAGUGGAAUAAUUUAGCCCUCGGUUCCCUCAGUGAGAAUCACUUGCAUUCACCAACUCCAUCGCACAACUAA